AAGGGGAUCCCCAAGCACGCUAUGAUCAGCAACCGUUUUGCUUUGGCAGAGAGUGGGACUUACGCCCGUCAACACUCCCAAGAAGCGCAACCAGCGUGUAGCUGUAAUUACGGUCGGGUGCACAUUGUCCCAGGCAGUCUGUUGCAGCCUUGUGCGCACCAGUGCGGGCUUCACUUGAGACCUCACGCACCUCCUUUGCAAUGAGAGGAAUGAGGAUGAAGUGGGGGAAGAGGAAGUCGGGAAGGAAGGGGAGGAAGACAGGAAAACCGCGGAACUCUGCACCCAUCAGAUCAAGGUCGGGAGCCGGCGCCCACCGCUUGGACCACACCAGACUCCCUCGCAAGUCAGCGCGCAUAAAGACUCGUCGAACUCGCAAUUCUCAUUGAUGGCGUUCUCGGCGGUGCACCAAUCUUCCAAGAAGCUCCCCGGGCAGCCGCAGUCGUUGAUGUAACACUUGCCCUCCGGUGUUGGCGCAGGGGUCGGCACAGGCGUCGGUGCUGGCGUUGGCGCAGGUGUCGGCGCAGGCGUUGACGUUGGCGCAGGGGUCGGCGCAGGGGUUGGACCAAGUGUCGGCGCAAGGCUCGGCGCGGGCGUUGGCGCAGGGGUCGGCGCAGGGGUCGGACCAAGUGUCGGCGCAGGGGUCGGCGCGGGCGUUGGCGCUAGUGUUGGCACGGGCGCGUCGCCCGAGGCGCAGGAGAACACGAAAGUGGAGCCCCAACAUGCGAAGUUGGCCGUGUCGCCCUCGCCACCAGAACCUGGGCUAUACCCUUACGGAUUACGGGCGGCAAGCUUCGUGAGGUACCCCCUGUCGCGUACACAACGGUGACGAUGGAAUGGCCCUCGUCGAUGCCUUGGAGCUCUCCCAUGUCCAAGCACGCCUGCCCUGGCGACGGGUACGAGUCAGUCCUCUGUGACGUGAGAUUGGUUGCCGUGUCCCGCAUCUCGAAACUCAGCGCAAAGCCCGCGUGGUUGUCGACGCAGACCCUGGACGCAGAUACAAGCUCGGGCUGGGACCCGUUCUCGCUGAGCUCAGACCGAGCGACCGAUAGCCCAGCCGCGGCGAGGAGGGCCACAGCAGCUACCGCCGCCAUCUCCAGGGCGCGGGGGAGGGGCCCGCUGCCGAGGCUCGGAGUCCGAAGCCAGCGCGUGCAGCGUGCGCUCGUGCUGGCGCGCUUGCCUUGAGCCGACGGCUUGA